CGCCAUGAGCGUGCCCGAGGUGGAGCCGCUUGUCUCCCAGAAGUACGAGAUCAAGAGGCGCCUGGGCAAGGGGGCUUAUGGCAUUGUAUGGAAAGCAAUCGAUCGCAGGACAGGAGAGAUAGUUGCUGUUAAAAAGAUUUUCGAUGCUUUCAGGAACAGAACAGAUGCUCAGAGAACGUUUCGAGAGGUUGUGUUCCUGCAGCAAUUUGGUGAACAUCCAAAUAUCAUCAAGCUGCUUGAUGUUAUCCGUGCUCAGAAUGACAAGGACAUCUACCUCAUCUUUGAGUCCAUGGAGACAGAUUUGCAUGCUGUGAUUAAGAAGGGGAAUUUGCUGAAGGAUAUCCACAAGUGUUACAUUCUCUACCAACUUCUGAAGGCAACUAAAUUCAUCCACUCAGGAAAUGUUAUUCACAGAGAUCAGAAGCCUUCAAAUAUCUUGCUGGAUGCAGACUGCUUUGUUAAGCUUUGUGACUUUGGGCUGGCCAGGUCCUUGAGCCAGGUGAACGAGGACCAAGACAGCCCAGCUCUGACGGAGUAUGUGGCGACGCGCUGGUACCGCGCCCCCGAGAUCCUGCUCUCCUCUCGCAGUUACACUAAAGGCGUGGACAUGUGGAGCAUUGGCUGUAUCCUGGGGGAGCUGCUACUUGGGAAACCCCUUUUCCCUGGAACAUCAACAGUUAAUCAAAUUGAGAUGAUCUUCAGGGUCAUUCCUGCCCCAUCCCCAGAAGAUAUCUUGGCUAUGCAGUCAGACUACAAGGCCUCAAUCAUUAACCAGUGGAGUUCUGGGCAGCGAGUAACAUUCGAGGAGCUUUUCCCAGCCUCUACUCCAUUGCCUGCCUUGGAUCUCCUGAAAAAGCUUUUGGUAUUUAACCCUGAGAAACGACUCACAGCAGAGGAGGCUCUGCAGCACCCCUAUGUGAGAAGGUUUCACUGUCCUGCCACGGAGCCCUCUCUGGAUUCUGAAGUGAUUCUUCCUUUAGGUGAUGACACCCAGCUGUCUGUGGCAGAGUACCGAAAUAAAUUGUAUGAGAUGAUCCUUGAAAGGAAAUUAAAGGAGAAUUCCUUGAAAGGAAACCCAAAGGAGCAAAUGCAGAGAGAAAAUGCUCAACUGAGCCAGCCUGAAUCCAGGCCACUUCUUCCAAAUCCCAGUCCUGUGGCUUUGCCUGCCAGGGAAGGCCAGAGACAACCAACAUCUCCUCUUCUGAAAGCUUCAUGUGUGCAGGCUGGAGCUGCACCCAGUGUCCAGCCACAAGUACCCAGCCAGAGUGAAGGUUCAGCAGGAGCUUUAUGUCAGAGACCAAAGCUCAGUGUGAUCUACAAUCCCAUCACACACACUGUUGUUCAAGGUAAUGCAAACUCUGGUGCUGUGAUCAGGAACUGUUCUGUACCACCUUCUCACCAGGCCAGAACUGCUAGCAAUAGGAAACUGGGGAGGCAAAUCACAUGGGCAAAGGCUCAGCCACCUCCGGCGAGCCUGCAGAGCCUUCACAACAAUCCAAGAAGUACUCAGAGUCACAGCAGAGAGGUUUGUCCCCUUCUGAAGACCAGUAAGAAGAUGUUCCAGGUUACUGCAAAUGUUGGAGCUGCUGGUGAUCCAAAAGCAUCCAUGGGCAGCUACUCCCAAGCCUAUGGCACCAUCUGUAAAUCUGCACUGCAGAGUCUGCCCAUACCAAAGUCCUGCCAACAACAGGAGCAGUGAAGGUGCAGAAAGCAAUGUUCCAAGAGAUACCAAUGGUGCAACAUCAUGAAGUCAUCACCAGGCAACAGUGGGACUGUAGCAAACUUUAAAUCUCUAUUCCUGUUGUAAUUCUGAUUCUUGGUACAUUCUCCUUGUCAACUUGAAGCUCUUACACCAAGUCUGUCCCUGAAAUGUUACUUCACCUGUUCCAGAAGGCUGGGGCUGCAGGUACAGAGGGGAUUCAGGCACUCAAGUGCAACAGGUGAGUACUGCUGCUGUGGACAGGAGAUCCAUUUUCUCUUUUGGUACCUGAACACCAGAGGCUAAACAUUCACCUCUGUACCAAGUGUGUGCUCUUCAGCCUGGCAAUAGCAGGGAGCUGGGACUGCAGCUGCCACCAAGUCCUGCUCUUUUCUGGUACAUCCAUAAAAUAGGCAUUUGCUGUCUGUCUCAGGCACAGGGGACACAGGAAUGGGGGUGAGAGGGGGGCACGGUGCUCUGCCUAGCCUCCUGGCUCUCCUGAGUCCAGGGUGCCAGUUCUCCUGCACAGAAAAUGGAGCAAGCCUGGCACCUGACAAUACAACAUGGCACCUACCAUCCUCUGUGAACCUUUUCUCAGCCUGAGCGAGAGGUGAUGGGCUGCAACACCAACCUGGCUUUGGUUAUUACCAAGGGAAUUGGUUAUUCAGCAGUAUUUACACCUGCAGCACCUGGUAAGCAGCACAUCACCAAGGAGAUGAGCUGUCCUGGGUCUGGUCAGCACCAUGCUGAGCAAGGUGAAAGCCUAAAGAUCUACACAAACAGAGCAGCAUUGUAAAAUGUUCACAUAAUCUAUGACUAAAGAAAUUAUGACCUUCCUAACUUGUCUGCUGUGGAAUGAUGCUGCAGCAGGUAGGCUUGGGAAAGGCUGAGGAGGUAUGGAAUGAGGUAAGAAUUACACAAAGCAGGGCUAGCAAUAUACAAGAGGGUGUAUAUCUCUACAGCUAAUCUUCCUCUCCAGAGCAAAAUGAUUUGUGUGUGUAUCACCUGGCAGAGAAGCACUGCAGUUCACUGGGGACUCACCAAUGCCUGGAUCUGAUCACUUAGAGCAGGCAAAAGCAGCAUAUAGACAGCUUUUGGGACAGGCUCUGGGCUGUCUGGAAGGCUGCACUGCCCUCUACAUUUACACAGUGUGGAUAGCCCUGAGAAAUCUAUUUCAGCUUUUCUUGCAAGUUUUGGCCACUUCUUCCCUCUUUUUUUCCCCCCCUCUCAAGUUUAUUUCUGGGUUUACCUCCUCAUGUUACAAUAAUUCCUCUUGAUUCUGGCAGACUUUUGCCACCAGCUGCAUUACUGUGGAAAGCAGCAGGUGUUUUGGUUUGGGUUUUUUUCCAGAUCAACCUCUCUCCCCACACACUUACUUCUCAGAGUUCUCAGCAGACAGUAAAUAGCCAUUAAUUGUUGCAGAUAUGUAAAUUGUGUGAAGCCUGCUGAAUUACAUAAUUGCUGUGGGAGCUGGCAGCCUAAAACAGGGGAGGUUUGAAAGGCCCUGCUGAAGUCCCCCUCAGGAGCCAAUGCAGCCACAUCCUGAGCUGGUUUGCUGCAGCCAGGGUAACCAGUGGGCAGCCAGGAAACCCAGACUAAUGGGAACAGGCAGCU